CGACUACACCACCCCUGUGCAAAGUAUGCUUCCCCAUUGCUUCCCUCCGAGGAACCAGUUGCUGAUCGUCCCAUGCAGAGAGACCCAUACUCAUCCACCACCAAAAUACCAAAUCAAGGUGUACGAGGUAGUGGCAGCGGCUAUUCAAAACCACCUUCACCCCAACGGCGCCUCGCUUUCCAUCCUCUCCUCUACUUCAGUAGCUGGGCUCUCUCAUAUCUGUGUCUUCUUUCCAUUUUACUCUAUUUCCUUUUGCUUCAAUCCUGCAAAGUGUGCCGUCAUCAUCUCACAGUUUAAGGCUGUGUACCCUUUGCUAGUUUGAUAUCGACAUCGAAGACUGGCUUCUUCGAUUUUUUCCUAGUCACAGUACAGCCAACCAAAACAUAUACACAUCCACAUCGUCGACAUGGCUUUCAACGACGAGAAGAAGCGGCCAGCCGCUCUCAACCUGACACCGCAACGAACAAUGUCGGCCGGCUCAGUCUCUUCCAACGAUUCAUCAUCCACAGCUUCAUCACUGGCCAAGCCUCCAAGGACACCACGAUUCGCCGAAGCCACCUCGGUACACUCGCCUGUCGAUGGACGAACACUACCCUUCUCUGAGAAUUACGCGGUUGCUCAUGCUCAGCCUGGAGAUGUUGGCUUUGGUUAUAUCGGGAAUGGAGGAAACAGGGAAUCAGUCGCCAUGCCGAUGACACCAAGGUCGCCCCUCAAGAGUGCGUUGAAGGUUCCAGGAACACCGGGUCGGGGUCUCGCCAAUCCUCUUAGCCCAACAUUUAGGGAAGAGGGGCAGCUGGAGCAAAGGGAAAAGUUGACGGAGAAGGAGCAGGCUAGGGAUUUGAAAGUCAAAACCCGUGUACGCAUGGCCAAGUUCGCUCUCCGCGGUGUCAACUUUAGCUGCAGUCUCAUCGUUCUCGCCAUGCUUUCGUCCUCGUUUUCCAUCUUUAACGCCACUCGCCAUCUUCCGGCUAUGAACGGCCUUCCCGCCUGGGCCAAUAACACCAACCCUUGGCCUCAAUACGUCGUUCUCGCCUGCUCCUGCGUCUCGCUCCUCAUCUGCAUUGGUGUCUUCAUUGGUUACUGCCGUGGUGGUCAUCAGAGGGCGGAGAAGGUUGGCGUGUACUACACGCUUUUCGCUGUGGGCUGGUUCAUCUUCAGCAUGAUCAUGUGGGCGGCGGCUGCCGGUAUCUUCCAAUUCAGCAAGAACAACAGCAAGAACCAAGACAUGUGGGGUUGGGCCUGCGUAACGAACCACCGCGCGGAGCUCUUCAAGGACAAGGUCGACUACUUGCUGGUGUGCCGUCUUCAGAACUGGAGUCUCAUCUGCAUCAUCAUCGAAGUCGUCGUCGAGAUCAUCAGCAUCACGCUUUACAGCAUCGUCUUCUACCGCUACUGGUCCAAGCGCAAGCUGCACAAGUCCAUGAACAUGCGCGACAAGGCCCGCUCCGACCUCUACCUCGCCCAGCUGCGCGUCCAAUCCGCCCCCAACACCCCCGGCUUCGGUCCCAAGUCGCCCGCCUUCUCACAAUACGCCCUCUCUCCCCGCUUCCCGCCCUCGCAGUACCAAUCCUUCGACGACGUCGAGAAGGGCCACGGUGCCGGUCCUGCCCAGCAGCAACAGCAGCCCUUCACCCCCGGCGGCCAGCGCCUCAUCAUCCCCCAGUCCUCCUUCAGCUCGCCCAAGGUCGACACCGGCUUCAAGCUGCAGGCUCCUCCCUCAAAGGCUAACCCCGCCACCCCCGUCACACCCAAGGGCGGGUUCAUGACGCCCUCAUCUUCCAACGCGGUCUCGCCCGUGGAUCCCAUGCCCCAAAUCAACCUGCCCCAGCCUCCCCCGCCGACGGUGCAGAUUACGCAUGCCCCGAUGGUCGAUGGCGAGCAGCAGUAUGAGGCGGUGCCGAUCCCGGGUGCUUAUUCCGGUCAGGCGACGCAUAGGUAUGCUUAGACGGUCACCGGUUGGGCGACAGUGUUCAGUGGAUGUCAAUAAGCGAUGAAAGUAUAUAUAGCUAUAACCUUAGCCCUCUUUCUCUUCUAUAACCAAUCUUUUUCCUUUGUUUACACUUUUUACUUUGUUUGUUUCAAAUUGGAUAUACCAAAGGCGUUGGCGGGAUCACAACUUGUUUUUUGGAUAGCGAUAGCGAUGGGAGCUAGCUAGGAUGGAUGGAAUGACGAAAAUUGACUGCAGUGGUGGUUGUGUAUAAUAUGUUGACGGGCUCAAUGUGUCGGAUGAGAGAGCGGGAACUCGAACGACGGGGAGAUGUGGUUGGAUGACGAAUCAGACAAUCACAACAGUCACCGACAGACAGACAAGAGAAUAGAAUUCUCUGUUGUGUGAAUUGAACAAAGUGUCUGA